AUUCUUUACCAUAAAAUGGCCACUCGUUUAUAUCCUCGUCUUCCGCCUGGCUAUAUGACACGUUCUACUUUGACAGUUUUUGCUAGUUCUAGUUGUUUAUUUUGUGCUUUUGAAUUGUUAAAUGGAAAUGAAUUAUUUUAUAAAAAAUGGGUAAUGCCUCUCGUCCAUCGCUUUUUCGAACCAGAAAGUGCUCAUCAAUUAGGAGUUUUUCUAGCUAGUUAUGGCGCAUUUUUGGGUUCUCGUGAAUCUUUAAAAAAUUAUAAAGAAUUAAAAUGCUCGUUAUUUGGGAAAGAAUUGGACAGUCCUAUAGGAUUAGCUGCUGGUUUUGACAAAGAUGGAAAAGCAAUUGAAGGUCUUCGAAAGAGUGGGUUUUCUUUUAUAGAAAUUGGUUCUGUUACACCUUUACCUCAACCUGGAAAUCCAAAGAAAAGAAUUUUUAGAUUUUCUGAUGAAGAGGCUGUAAUAAAUUGUUAUGGAUUUAAUAGUGGAGGAGUUGGGGCUGUUGCAGCAAGACUAAAAAAUGCUUAUAGUUCACAAUCCCCGGUUGCACUUGGAAUUAAUUUAGGUAAAAAUAAAGAAACUUUGGAAGCCAUUCAUGAUUUCGAAAUUGGAAUUCAUCACGUUUCUCAAUAUUGUGAUUAUUUAGUAAUUAAUAUAUCUUCUCCAAAUACACCUGGACUUAGACUAUAUCAAGCUAAAAAUGAAUUAAUUAAAUUACUUUCUGACAUUAAAGUUUCACUUGAAAGAGCAACAAAUAAUGAAAAAAGAAUACCUAAAUUAUUUAUUAAAAUCUCUCCGGAUCUUAAUGAUGUAGAAAUGAAACAAAUUUCUGAGGUUUGUUUAAACCCUCUUUAUGGGGUUGAUGGACUUAUUGUAACCAACACAACAAUUACUCGUCCAGAAUCAUUAAGUGGAAUAUCGGCAAAAGAUCUUCCAAAUGGAGGUCUUUCUGGUCCCCCAUUACGUGAAUUAAGCACAAAAUGUGUUGCAAAAAUGUAUAGAUUGACUGACGGAAAAAUUCCAAUAAUUGGUUGUGGAGGAGUCUCUUCAGGCGCAGAUGCUUACGAAAAAAUACGUGCAGGUGCUUCUGGUGUUCAAAUUUACACAGCAUUAGUUUAUCAAGGAUUCCCGGUUGUUGGACGUGUUAAAAGAGAAUUGGCUGAAUUACUCAAAAAAGAUGGAUUUAAAAAUGUGAAGGAAGCUGUUGGAAUUGACAAAAAAAUAUUUUAAAUAAAUUUAUUUAAUUUUAAAAAAUCGCUCAAAUUAUAGACAGAUAAGUGGAGAUUUACAAUAUCUGUUUGAAGAAAAAAAAGAUUGAGAGAAUUACAAUAAAUGAAAAAAAAUGAGGAAAUUUUUAA